AUGAAAAUCACCAUAGCCCGAGAAAAGCCUUUCAUCCAUUUGUUUGAACAAAAGUUUCCGAAAGAUGUUCGGGAAGCAUUGAAAAAGUGGGAUCUAGCGAAUAAUUCCCGAUUUGAUCAGUUUCAUGUGGUGAUGGAAGAGGAUCAAACAAUGAAUGUGGAUGAUUCGAGUUGUGCUUCCACCACUCGGGAAAUUCUUUUCAAAAAAAGCCUUAAUCAAAUCGAGACAAUUCGAGAGCUGGCGUUGCAAUACUUGACUCAUGUUGGAAAGAAAGAAUUGGGAGAGGGACUUCGGGUUGAGAAAUUAAAUUGUCACCUUACGGAUAUGAGUUUCAUUCAGAGAGAAUUUAUGACGAAUGAGGAGUGGUUGUAUACCAACUCAUUGAACACCCGAAAAUGCAUGGAUGAGCAGAUUGAUUAUGAGUUAUAUGUCUCGGAUGAGUAUCGAAAAGCAAUGGCAUAUCUAUUGUGGAAAGAAGAAUGUUUAUCGUAUGCUGGACCUCUAAGAAUUGAAAAUUGUAAUUGGAAGGAUUAUGGGCUGGUGUCACAUCAUUCAUUGAAUGAGAACGACGUGGCAACGGAUUCAGUGGACGAUGAGGACGACAAUGGAAAUCAAUUAAUGGAUGCUUGUUUUCAUGAAUUAUUAACUAACAUUCAUGCACGUCUUGUCAUUGGAGGAAGAUAUGGACAAUACGAAGAUAAUGUUGCUCCCUAUUUCAACAUCACCAAAGAAUUAUACAAGCAACUGGUUUCUGUGACAAAAAGGAAUGAAUCUGACAAAUCAAGCGGUAAGAACAGUGUUCAUAUUGUUUCGAGAGCAUUCUUGUGUCACUUGCCAGCCUGUCAUUCAAGUCAAAGUGUUGAUCGCUCGUUCCUAAUUCUUGUUGUAGAUCCUUUGAAAAAGUGUGUGAGAACAUGGCUUCAUGAGGAAUAA